GCGGGUGCCGCCAUCAAGUUGUUUACCUCUUUGGGAGAGUGCCAAGAGCCAAUUCCCGGACCAGAAGGAGGCAAUUGGUUUAAAAUUGCGUAUAAAAACGAAUGGGAAGCUGCCAGAGCUGUACGAAAGAAUGGAGAGCUCAUCAACGGACAAUGGAUGACAAAUGAGGGAAAGGAGCUAUGGUCGAGCCAAAACGCUGCUGCCCCUCCGACCAGUGUUGAGGAGGACGCCGCCCAAGUUACUGCUCGAACAAAUGUUAUUGGAAGACCUGUUCGUUUGGAGCCAAGUUCCACCGCGUACAAGGCUACACCAGGAGGUGUCAUUAAUCCAGCAGGUGGAGAGGACUGGGCCUCUGCGCAUACUGCCAACAAAACGAAUCAGAGGCCGGGCCUAUUCGGACUCAUUGGAUUUUAA